AUGAAGAAGUUAUCUUUCCUUCUGGGUCUCGCAUCCAUCUUUUCUGCAUCCUUUGCUGCAAGCGACUACACCUGCGCGGGACGCGAUUCGCCCAAGCUGCCCGGGUCUGCAUACCGGCUUAAAGAAAGCAUCGACUGGAACCUUUCCACCCUGCGCAAGCAUUUCAGCGAUAGGGGCAAGUUGGCCACUGUGUCCGACGUCCUUGACUCUGCCAAUCACCAGCUCAUCAAGUUGGAUGCCAGAGGCUGGGCUUCGGUUACCAGAGUGACCGCGGUCCCACAAAGCGUUUACAGGUGGGAGAGCACUACUGAGGGCUUUGACGACUUUGGCACCAAAAAGUGGUAUCCCCAGGGCGUCACCAGCUCUUCCGAUGCCUUCCAGGUAGGGACGUAUGAAGGUAGAAAUGCCUGGAUCAUGUCCUGGUACGAUGACACAGACGGCAAAGAGAGUGUGCGGGUGACAUUUGUCGAUAAAAAGACGGGCAAGUAUCGCCAUGCCUUGCUGGUAGUUCCGAACACGCCUGAGCUGUACAGUGGUACUCCCAGUCCCGCAACCGACUUCAAACGCCUUGGGAUUCAUGCUGGUGGCAUAGUGUGGUAUGGCAGCACAUUGUGGGUGGUGGAUACUUCCAAGGGCAUCCGAGUGUUCGAUCUCAACAACAUCUGGCAGGUCGAAGCCGGCGAUGAAGUGGGCAAGAUGAGCAAUGGCCAGUUUUCCGCGCAGGGAUAUUUAUAUGUUAUCCCCCAGAUAAGGACAUACACUUGGACACCAAAAACCGAGAAAGAAAAAUUCCGAUUCUCCUGGAUAUCUCUUGAUCGCGUAGGCACCGACAAGAUUCUAGUUGGUGAAUAUGCAGGCUCCACCACGCCGGACAGCACCCCAAUCCGCAUGGCUCAGUACGAGCUGGACUAUACCGUGCGGAAGCUACAGACUAGCUCCCAGAUAGCCACCUCCAGCUGGGCGUAUUGUGUCGACAUCUUGGAGAUGCAGGGUGCCAUUUCCCACGGCGAUAAAUUUUAUAUCAGCACCAGCAACCCGAACUAUGGACUCGGUGAUCUGUGGACGUGGACGCCAGGUAAUCGUGCAAGAGAGAGCCGUGCAUGGCUGCCCCCCGGCCCUGAAGAUAUGACCUGGGAUGAAGUCACCCAGACCUUCACGACUAUUUCGGAGCACCCCGGAAAAAGAUUUAUUGUAACCUAUAAGGGAACACAGGCUCCCUUUUAA